AUGGCUCUCUUCCUGUGCCCACAAUCAACGUCUUGGAGAAGAAUUGAGAAGAUUUCGCGAGAAGAAGAGCGCCUUGCAUACAACAAGCGGAUUGAGAUGAUGAGAACGACGGAAUAUCCUAUGCUCAAAGGCAUCACAUACCUCGACCACGGUGGAACGACACUCGCGAGCAAAUCACUCAUGGAUUCUUUUUGCACGCAAAUGAAGGCUUCCAUAUUUUCCAACCCACACUCGGAUGUCUCAAGGCCGAGUUUCUCUGCCUUGAUGGUAGAGCAAACCCGGCAAAAGGUGUUGAAGCUCUUCAGUGCCAACCCAGAACAGUUUGAUGUCGUGUUCACUGCAAAUGCUACUGGUGCCAUCAAGCUGGUAAUGGAAUGCUUCGCUGGCCACGAACAAGGAUUCGACUAUCUCUACCACCGAAAUGCCCACACUAGCCUUGUUGGAGUGCGGGAGCAGGCGCAAGACAGCCACUGCCUUGAAACAGCUGAAGAGACAGAGUAUUGGCUAGAGGGGGGGAAGAUCCCGCGGAAUCAGGAGCCAAGAAAUCGUCCGACCUUGUUUGCCUAUCCCGCGCAGUCUAACAUGAACGGCGAGCGUCUUCCUCUGAACUGGCCCAACCGGAUCCGCGGCUCUACGCGGCACAAAAACACUUAUAUUCUCUUAGACGCCGCAGCUCUAGUCUCGACAAGCCCAUUAGACCUCAGCAACCACGCUACAGCUCCAGAUUUUGUGUCAAUGUCCUUUUACAAGAUCUUUGGCUUCCCUGAUCUUGGCGCUCUGAUUGUACGCAAAGCGUCUGCUCAUGUACUGCAGCGCCGCAAGUACUUUGGUGGCGGCACUACUGAGAUGAUCGGAUGUACAGGGACACCAUGGGUAGAACGCAAAACGAUUAGUGUGCAUGCUUCAUUGGAGGACGGCACCGUUGCAAUUCGAAGCAUACUCGCUUUGAAUUGCGCCAUCGACACACACACGAAUAUAUUCGAUGGACUUACCCAGGUCUCAAAGCACACAGGAUGGCUGGCAGAAAUUCUGCACAGCCGACUAGCCGAUUUGAGGCAUGCCAAUCGUAUGCCAGUUUGUCAUAUGUACAAAGCCCCUACAUCCACGUACGGAGACCCAAAGUCGCAGGGCGCAACAGUUACUUUCAACAUCAAAAAGAGUGAUGGGUCCUGGAGGAGUGGAUUCGAUGUAGGCGUUAUGCUGAGAGCGAACGAUGUCCAUGUUCGAACGGGCUCACUUUGCAACCCAGCUGGCAUGGCCUCAGCACUGGGUUUGUCGGCGGAUGAGCUUAGAGCAGCGUUCGAUUCAGGGUUCCGUUGCAACCAGCCAGGCAAUGACAUCCGGGGAGACGUCCCGUAUGGGAUGAUACGAGCUACUCUGGGGGCCAUGAGCACCAUCGGUGACGUGGAGACUCUUGUACGCUUCAUCGAGAAGCAUCUAGUCGAGCCCACAAUCCAAACGCCACGUACAUCAGGCGGAAUUCAGGCGGGGAGGCCCGAAGAUAGUACCAUCGCAACUAUUCCUUUCGAUGAGAAGUCCGGCAAAGUGACGGGCCGACACAGAGUUGGCAUGCUGCAGGAACGUGUAAGGCCCGGCCCGAGGCGCAGAUUUUGGAAGGUAAUCUCUAAUUGCUUCUCGAGACAAGAGUAA